GCAGUGAAUUUAAGGUCAUAGGUCACGGAAAUUUGUUGACAGUGUGUUUCGUUCAAUUUUACUUCAAGCAAUUUACGAUAUAUAAUCUUCUCUGGGAGUAUUCAGCGAAUAUUACAUGUGCGAUUAAUAGAAGGAUAAGUGUGUGCAUUUAUUUAAAUAGAUUAUUUGUGUUAAAAGUUCAGUAUUUCUCCAGAAUAUUAAAUUUAGUGACUCAUUUUUGAUGAGAACUUUUGUUUCCUGUGUGGAGUGUAAAAUUUUGAAAAGGAGAUAAUGAAUAAUUGAUUAUCAUAAAUGUCUAUUUGAUGAUUAUUCAAGUAAUAAACAUGUAAUCCGUACAUAAAUGGCAUCAUAUCCACAGGAUUUCAGUAAUAGGCAAAAACCUGUGCCAGCGCGUAGAAGUGGUAUAUCGCCUGAGAUUUCUUCACGAAGAGACAUGGCAGACCCAACUUCUAUAGGGUCGAGAUCUGCCCAAGCCAUGGCUGCAGCUGCCAUGUCUAUGAGGGGUCAAGAUCCACAUUCAAUGAAUGACACAAAAGCAAAAACUGUAUUGAAGGAAGCUGUAGAUGCUGUGGUGAAUAGUUUCGCAAAGCAUACACAAGGUUACGGCAGAGUUAAUGUAGUGGAGGCACUGCAGGAGUUCUGGCAGAUGAAGCAGGAUCGUGGUGCAGACCUGAAGAAUGGGGCUCUUGUUGUGUACGAAUCCCAGCCAUCUAAUGCCCCACCAUAUGUGUGUUUUGUAUCUCUGCCCGGUGGAAGCUGUUUUGGAAGUUUUCAG